AUGGAGGACACAAAUGGACCAGUCCAGGGCGCUCCAUUACAAAUGGAGGACACAAAUGGACCAGUCCAAGGCGCCCCAUUACAAAUGGAGGACACAAAUGGACCAGUCCAAGGCGCUCCAUUACAAAUGGAGGACACAAAUGGACCAGUCCAAAGCGCCCCAUUACAAAUGGAGGACACAAAUGGACCAGUCCAAGGCGCUCCAUUACAAAUGGAGGACACAAAUGGACCAGUCCAGGGCGCUCCAUUACAAAUGGAGGACACAAAUGGACCAGUCCAAAGCGCCCCAUUACAAAUGGAGGACACAAAUGGACCAGUCCAAGGCGCUCCAUUACAAAUGGAGGACACAAAUGGACCAGUCCAGGGCGCUCCAUUACAAAUGGAGGACACAAAUGGACCAGUCCAAGGCGCUCCAUUACAAAUGGAGGACACAAAUGGACCAGUCCAAGGCGCUCCAUUACAAAUGGAGGACACAAAUGGACCAGUCCAGGGCGCUCCAUUACAAAUGGAGGACACAAAUGGACCAGUCCAGGGCGCUCCAUUACAAAUAGAGGACACAAAUGGACCAGUCCAAGGCGCCCCAUUACAAAUGGAGGACACAAAUGGACCAGUCCAAGGCGCUCCAUUACAAAUGGAGGACACAAAUGGACCAGUCCAAGGCGCCCCAUUACAAAUGGAGGACACAAAUGGACCAGUCCAAGGCGCUCCAUUACAAAUGAAGGACACAAAUGGACCAGUCCAAGGCGCUCCAUUACAAAUGGAGGACACAAGUGGACCAGUCCAAGGCGCUCCAUUACAAAUGGAGGACACAAAUGGACCAGUCCAAGGCGCUCCAUUACAAAUGGAGGACACAAAUGGACCAGUCCAAGGCGCCACAAUUCGCUGUACCAGAAACCCGUACGCGUGA